UCAAGUCUCUAAACCUUUGGGGGCUUCUGUUUUUCUUAUUUGUAAAAUGAAGGGAUUGGAAGAUUUUUAAGGUUGUCUCCAGUUAGGAUUAUUCUGACCUUCUCUGGGCGUCAUUUAACUCUGUAAAGUUAGGGAAUUAGACUAAGAUGAUUCAUUUAUUUAUUUAAAACUCCCACUGUGCGCAGACACAUAACAUUAUUCUGUGUUAUGAACUGGGAAGCGCUAUAUAACUUAAAAGUUUGAUAAGUUUGAUUGCUUUCCUUAAUGAACUGUGUAGAUAUAGGGCUGACUUCUCUGAAGGACUUAUGAUGAAAAAUCCUAUCCAUACCCAGAGAAGGAACUGAUUAUAUCUGAGUACUGAUUGAAGUAUAUUCUCUCUCUCUCUCUCUCUGUCUGUCUUUUUGUUUUUUUUUUAAAUUUUUCUUGAAGGUUUUUAUUUUUUAUUAGGGAGGGAGAUCUCUGUUUUCUUUCACAAGACUUUUAUGGAAAUGUUUUGCACAAUUUCACAUGUGCUUUCUUAAUUGUGAGUGGGGAUAAGAGAGAGAAUCCAGAAGGCAAAAAAAAAAAAAAAUUUUGAAUAUAACUUUUUUUUUUUUUUUUUUUUUUUUUUAAGGCAAAAAAACCCAACUUAACUCAGAGGGCAGCCGAGUAGUUCGGUGGAUAGAGCACCAGCCCUGAAGUCAGGAGGACCUGAGUUCAAAUCUGACUUAAGACAUUUAACACUUUCUGGUUAUGUGACCGUGGGCAAGUCACUUAACCCCAAUUGCCUCAGCAAAAAGACCCAAAAAACUUAGUUCAAGCUUCCCUUUUUACAUGAAGUCUUUGUUGAUUCCUCUCAACUAUUAAGGCCUCUCCCCACCAAAAAUUAUUUGUGUCGUUUGUAUAUUUCUACAUAAGGGCAUGCUUUGCGCCCAUUGUAUAAUGUAAGACCAAGUAAAUGGAAUAAUUUUUUUUCUUUGCAUCUUCAACACCUGGUACAAUAGGAACUUAAUAAAAGCUUGAUUGAUUGUUAGACUAUAGCAUACAAAAAUAAUACUUUUGAUCUACCAUCAUAGUAUGGGAUUUAUUUUUGCCUUUUUAGUGAUGGAUAACUAAAAAGCCAUAGAUAUUUACUAUACAGAAUGAUCCAAGAUAGAGAAUGAAAUCUUUGCUAGCAGAAUUCCAAGUGUCGGUCUUUUUUUUUUUUUCCUUAACUGUGCCCAGAUCCUCUAGAACAUAUUUCAUACCAUCCAUUAGAACACUAAGAUUAGAUCACAGUAGCGGGAAUUUGCCACAUGCAUUUCUGGGAUAGCUGAUUCAAGCUGGUUCUGUCUCAGAAUUAGAACUAAAUGAGAUACUCUUAGACAAAAGGAAGUUGGGAAAUAUAUUUAGAAAAGCUUGGUAUUAGUUCAGAUAGGGUUUGGUACUCUCUGCUUAUGGGAUAACAUCUUCAAGUUUGCUACAAAAGGUCAAAUGAAGUACUUAGUUGAUUCAACAAUUUAAAACCUUUAUUAACAGAAAAGAUAUGGACACUUAAUUUAGAUAGACAACCAUCCCCACACUUAUAUCUCCAUAAAUAAAUACAUCUGUUUAUUAACCAGAUAGAAUAUAGUAAGUUGUAUCAUUUUGUGAUGUCCUCCAAGUCCAAAGGACCCAACAUAGGUGGCCCUUAAGAGAAUAGAGAGCCAUGCCAGUGCACGCAGGGGCUACAGCUUCAAGUUUUAUUGCUUUUUAGAGGAAAAACUAGCCUUAUCCAUGUUGUGAGAAGAAUAGGGAGCCCUGAUAAACAUUGUUCCUAUCACAUAAUUUUGUCAUUUUAGUGGUAUAUAUCAAUGUCUUUAUAGAAAGGAAAGCUUCUUUCAGGUGCCACUAUUAUGUUCAUUGAGAGAGAGUUCAGAUAGGGGAAGGUGUUGUGACUGAGAUUUUAACAAAAAGCAAACUGAGAUAGAUCUCCAUUAUUAACAAAUGGGUUCAUGGCUUGCCUUCAUUAAUGCCAGACCCUGAGCAGCAGGACACUUACCCUUAUAUGAGGUUUUAAGAAAUAUGGAACCAAGGCACUCAAGGCACCAUGGCUUCAUCUAACCAGUUCAAUAUUAUUUUGUCAUUUUAGUGGUAUAUAUCAAUGUCCUUAUAGAAAGGAAAGCUUCUUUCAGGUGCCACUAUUAUGUUCAUUGAGAGAGAGUUCAGAUAGGGGAAGGUGUUGUGACUGAGAUUUUAACAAAAAGCAAACUGAGAUAGAUCUCCAUUAUUAACAAAUGGGUUCAUGGCCUGCCUUCAUUAAUGCCAGACCCUGAGCAGCAGGACACUUACCCUUAUAUGAGGUUUUAAGAAAUUUGGAACAAAGAACAGAGUAGGAUAGAUGACAUCACGAAAUUAAAGGCAAAAUAACUUAUUAUAGAGCCGAGCUACAGGGAAUAAUGUAUUGAUUGGUUGGAAGUUUGAUACUUUUCUUAUGAGACUAAGAAGCAUUGUUUGUUUUUGAGUCCAGAUAUCAUAUCUGGAUAUAGUGGCCCAGAUUUUUACACAGCAAACCAGACAGUCUUUUUUUUUUUUUUUAAUAACUUUUUAUUGACAAAUCAUAUGUAUGGGUAAUUUUUCAACAUUGACCCUUGCAAAAACUUCUGUUCCAACUUUUCUCCUCCUUCCUUCCAGCCUCUCCCCUAGAGGGCAGGCAUUCCCAUACAUGUUAAACAUGUUAAAGUAUACAUUAAAUUUUCUCUCUCUCUCUCUCUCUCUCUCUAUAUAUAUAUAUAUAUAUAUAUAUACAUGUUUAUACAGUUAUCUUGUUGCACAAGAAAAAUCGGAUUUAUAAAAAAGGUAAAAAUAACCUAGGAAGAAAAACAAAAAUGUAAGCAAACAACAGAAAGAGUGGAAAUGCUAUGUUGUGGUCCACACUCAUUUCCCAGUGUUCUUUCUUUGAUGUAGCUGGUUUUGUUCAUCACUGAUCAGUUGGAACUGAUUUGGAUCCUCUCAUUGCUGAAGAUAGCCACUUCCAUCAGAAUUGAUCCUCAUAUAGUAUUUGUUGUUGAGGUGUAUAAUGAUCUCCUGGUUCUGCUCAUUUCACUUAGCAUCAUUUUCCAGGAAACCAGUUUAUAAGGUAUGGAUAAAAACCCCAAUUCAGAAGCCAUAGAUGAGAUCUCAAAAUCCAUCCCAGGAACCGUAGAUGGAAUCUCAGAACCAUGCUUCAGUUUUGGAGUUAUAUCAGAUAUUCAAUAUGCUGAUUUAGAAGAUGGCUAUAAUUUCCUAAGAACCAAAACGAGAUACUACCGAUACAGUCUUCGUCAUCUCCAAGGGGCUAUCGAAGAGUGGAAUGAAGAAAGCAAUCACCUCUUUUUUGUGUUACAACUUGGUGAUAUCAUUGAUGGGUUUAAUGCACAGUAUAAAGCAUCAGAAGAGUCACUAAAAAAUGUCCUGAAGGAAUUUAAAAAACUCAGAGCCCCUGUUCAUCACACAUGGGGAAAUCAUGAAUUCUACAACUUCAGCAGGCACUAUUUAAGAAACUCUAAGCUCAACACAAAGUUUUUAGGAGACCAGAUUGCACACUAUCCUGAGACCAUACCUUCAGAAAACUAUUAUGCUUACCACUUUGUACCUUUCCCUAAAUUUCGGUUCAUUUUACUUGAUGCUUAUGAUCUAAGUGUUCUUGGAAUGGAUCAAUCUUCUCCAAAAUAUCAAGAUUGUAUGAAGAUGCUGAAGGAGAAGAAUCCAAAUAAGGAACUGAAUAGCCCUCAAGGACUUUCUGAACCUCAGUUUGUCCAGUAUAAUGGAGGAUUCAGUCAGGACCAAUUAGACUGGUUCAAUGCAGUUCUUACUUUCUCCGAUACAAACCAAGAAAAGGUAGUGGUUGUGGACUUCUUUGGGAAGAGCAAAAAGGAUAUCUGGAAUGCAUACAUUAAUAGGAUUUUAUGGCUGAAAGGAACCAUAAGAAAUUUUUCUUCCUCAUCGUUUGGCAGAUGAAGAAAUUGAGUUCUAGAGAGGUGAAAUAACUACACAGAGAUGAGCACAUUCAUUAGGUUUUAGGAACCACCAAACACUCACUGGAUUAUCCUAUAAAACCUGAAUCUACUUUCAGGCCUUUUUCUAUUUCAGCUAAAUAAAUUAUUCUCAAGUUUCAUCUUUCUUUCUCUUUAAAUUUUUUUUAACAAACAGUGGACACCUAACUUGUAAUAUUGCUUUAUAAAUUUGUUACUGUGCUGAUUGCUUACUAAGCAAAAGAUUUUUGAAUUGAAGAACUUAAGUUUGGAAUAUGAUAAUUGGAUUAGGUAAAAGGAAAAUAAUGAUGUGAUAACAGUGGAAGAGCAUGUAGAAGAGCUUCUAGCUGAACAAUAAAUUAGAUAUUAGCAAGGUGAUGUGAUGCUGUCUGGGAUUCAGGAGCUCAUUAUCUUCCUGGAUCUAUUUAGAUUCUGGUACUGAUGGGAUAUAGAGGAAACAUUUUCUAUUUUCCAAUGGUUUUCUCACCUGUAAAACAAGCACACAGUACCUCAUAGAGAUGUUGUGAGAAAAAAACAGGUAAAAAAUAGAAACAGGAUUUUAAGAGGAUAGAUGUUGCAUUCAUGACCCCACACCCUUUGGAUUCCAUCUUUUUGAUGUUUGUAAAUAAACUAUUUAGAUUUAAAGGGAAAAUGCAAGCAUAUUUCACCUAACUACACAUGUAAAGGCCUUUUAAAAAAAAUUUGCCUUUCAUCCUAACUUGCAUAAGAAGCACCUUUCUGUUUUCUCAGACCAAUGUAGUGUGCUUAUUAUCUUGAGAUUAUGCACAUGCUAAAAGUCUAAAGGGAGAUGUUUCUACCAUUAUAUAAAUGUUCUUGCUCCAUUUUGCUAAAAAGGGGAUAAUCUUGAAACAUUCUGCUAUUUGAAUUUAAGUCCUAAUUAAGCAGUCUAAAUAUCAAGGUGAUGUUGGCAUUACUGCAACCAGUAAUUUUGAUGGAACAAUGUGCCAAUAUUUCUGAACUAAUUCAUAUUGUUUUUUCUCUUUUAAUUACAGGUCAUGUUCCUAUUCACCCAGACUCAUCUGACAGUGUUUGCCUUGCCUGGAAUUACAGAGAUGCUCUUUCAAUCA